AUGGAGAAUCAAGAAAAGAUUGGAGAAACGCGGAUUCUUAUGUAUCCAAAGGGAAACAAGGUGGAUUACUUGUCAAUUUAUUUAGAUGCUGGUACUUUGCCUGAUGUAGAGACCAGAUUUUCCAAGUUUAAGUUGGUUCUAAUUAAUCAGGUCAAUGACAAAUUGACACAGAUAAAAGGUAUCUUUCGUAUUUACCUCUCCCCUGUCCUAAAGUUUUUACACACAUUCAAUGCCAGAGAGAGUGAUUGGGGCUUCACAUCGUUUAUACCUUUAGUUGACCUUUAUGUUUUUAACGAGGGGUUUAUUGUGAAUGGCACUUGUAUAAUUGAAGCUAGGAUUUCCAUCAGCCACCCAGAACUUGAGAAAAAGGUUGAUGAAGCUGCUCCACCAGUUUCUAUGCAAGUUCCUGCUAAGCCUAUUGAACAUGCUGAUAAUCUUUUACCUAUGGACAUAUCUGCAAUCCCAAUUGAUGAGCUUGUUGAUUUCAGGGGUUUAGGGAAAAUAGAAAAAGCAUUUGUUCCUCUUCUAAACGACGUAUGUGCAAAGCAUCCUUCAGUUAUUGGAUGCCAGAAGAAGAGAAGUCGAAGGUUUAGCGAAUGGGCAUUCACGGCUUUGGGAAGAGUUCUGCAUUUCCUCAAGACUAAAAAGGCGAGAGAUAUGGAUGAAGAGGCUUGUAGCCAUCUUCAAAUCUUAUGGGAGGAAGUUGAAGAAGGCUUUGAAGAGAUAGAUUUGGAUGGUGAACUAGGAUAUGGACCAUAG